GCGUGGGUGAAGCCGGUGGAUGGAAACGCGUCUACGGUGAAGGAAAUCCGAAAGUUGAGGAAGCGCUUGCCUCGCAAACUUGUAGAUCUGAUCCACGAGUUCGCACGGGACCCGCGUUUCCAGGAGGACGCAUCAAACGAGCCUGGCUGCAUUGAGGAAGUCAAUGGAGACGGCUCCUUCACCAUCACGGAGAUAAGCCAACCAAGUGUACCUGGAGAAGCCCAAGCCGGCGGCUCGUGUUAUCCUGUGGUUGCCAGGUACAAAAAUGGGCUCCGGCGCACUAUUAACCUGGCGUGGGGCAGCUCCAUCUACGUCUGCUCCACAGGUCAGGCGUUUGAAGACGUGGACACUGCCAUGCGAUGCCAGAAUGACUAUGUGAAAGGAGUGCCUCUGCAUGAGCUGGAGAGACGCUACCCGCGAGAGCUCAUCCCUGUGUGA